CAAAUCCAGACCAGGACGUUUUCCAUGAAUGGACCAGAGGUUGUCUGGUGACGUUUAACUGCAUUUGCCUCUGAAAACUUUAGUUUUUGAUCUGGAGGCUUUAACUCUGUCAACAUGUUGCCGCCUGUGAGGCUGCUGCUGUUAAUCAGCGGAGCUCAGGCUGCUUAUUAUGGUGCAGUCUUUACCUACGCCGUUGGAAACCUUCCGCCAGGUGGAUAUCCAGCAGUCAAAGACUUUAAGGCGAGCUUCAGCUCAUGUGAAGAGUUCGACUCUCGGGUUUGUUAUGGAGACUGUAGUGGGAUGCCAGUUUAUCCAGUCGAUGAAAUCAGAGGUGAAUGGUGUCAGAAGGGAUACACUUGGACUUACUACCCUUCAUAUCUGGGUGUAAACAAUGGAGAGUUUGAUGCUACAAACUGGAUAGGAAACAGAAACGGGAUUGAAACGUCAAAAGCAGUUUUGCACUUUGACUAUAGAAAACGUUCUGACAUCAACAAACCAAACUCAUCACCCCAAACCGCCAUCAUCCCCAUGUUCAGAGUUCCUUCAAACUGCCAGAGAAACAUCAACUUGUCGGUUUCUGACCCAGAUGGAGACGACGUUCGAUGCAGAUAUGCAGCUGAUCCAGAGUGUUUCACUUGCACACCUCCACCUGUCCUCAACGUUUCAUCAUCUUGUUCUCUGUCAUUCAGUCCCACUAACAGCAGCGUUGAAGGUCCGUAUGCGGUUCAGAUGGUGGUGGAGGAUUUUCCCAGACAGAACGUCACUCUGACUGAUAGCAGUGGUGGACAGGAAGUGAAAACUACCAGCGCUGCCAUCAGCAGAAUCCCUGUCCAGUUUGUUUUCAGAGUGGAUCCUGCAGCUCCAUCCUGCACAGAAAGUGAAUAUCUGCCCAGGUUUCUGCCUCCAACUCCUGAACAUGGAGCUCAGAUCCUCACCAACUUUAAGCAGGCUCUGAAAAUCAGCAUCAGAGCAGAAGCAAGCCAAGCUGUGAUCUCUGAGCUCCUGUUCAGCGGACCGCCCCGUUUAGCCAAGAGUUCAUCUGGAUCAGGAAACUUCACCCUGACAUGGACACCACCUGCCAGUGACGGAGGACUGAAACAAACUAUCUGCUUUGUUGUCCAGGCAAAUUCCUCCGGCUCUGUGUACCAGUCUGACCUUCGAUGCGUCUUUGUGAAAACUGGGAACACGCCUGUUCCCCCUCCAACUACAGCUGCACCCACACCACCACCACCCAGUUAUAGACUCAUGUCUAGUUUAACAACCCAACCUUCAGUUACCCCUCCACCACCAACAACUACACUCACAACUACAACUACAUCUCCACCAACUACAACUACACUCACAACUACAACUACAUCUCCACCAACUACAACUACAACCAGCCAACUCACCACAACCACCACAACUACACCUCCACCUACUACAUCUACGACUAUGCUCACUCCUACUACCACUACUCCACCAACUGCACCCCCAACUACAACCAGCCAAACCACCACAUCUCCACCAACUACAACUCUCACAACUACAACUACACUCACAACUACAACUACACCAACUGCAACUUCGGUCACAACUACAACCAGCCAACCCACCACAACUACAUCUCCACCACCAACAACUACACUCACAACUACAACUACACCUCCACCAACUGCAACUUCGGUCACAACUACAACCAGCCAACCCACCACAACUACAUCUCCACCACCAACAACUACACUCACAACUACAACUACACCUCCACCACCAACAACUACACUCACAACUACAACUACACCUCCACCAACUGCAACUUCGGUCACAACUACAACCAGCCAACCCACCACAACUACAUCUCCACCACCAACAACUACACUCACAACUACAACUACACUCACAACUAUAACUACACCUCCACCACCAACAACUACACUCACAACUACAACUACACCUCCACCAACUGCAACUUCGGUCACAACUACAACCAGCCAACCCACCACAACUACAUCUCCACCACCAACAACUACACUCACAACUACAACUACACCUCCACCACCAACAACUACAACCAGCCAACCCACCACAACUACAUCUCCACCACCAACAACUACACUCACAACUACAACUACACCUUCACCAACUGCAACUUCGGUCACAACUACAACCAGCCAACCCACCACAACUACAUCUCCACCACCAACAACUACACUCACAACUACAACUACAUCUCCACCAACUACAACUACAACCAGCCAACUCACACAAACCACCACAACUACACCUCCACCUACUACAUCUACGACUAUGCUCACUCCUACUACCACUACUCCACCAACUGCACCCCCAACUACAACCAGCCAAACCACCACAUCUCCACCAACUACAACUCUCACAACUACAACUACACUCACAACUACAACUACACCAACUGCAACUUCUGUCACAACUACAACCAGCCAACCCACCACAACUACAUCUCCACCACCAACAACUACACUCACAACUACAACUACACCUCCACCAACUGCAACUUCGGUCACAACUACAACCAGCCAACCCACCACAACUACAUCUCCACCACCAACAACUACACUCACAACUACAACUACACCUCCACCACCAACAACUACACUCACAACUACAACUACACCUCCACCAACUGCAACUUCGGUCACAACUACAACCAGCCAACCCACCACAACUACAUCUCCACCACCAACAACUACACUCACAACUACAACUACACCUCCACCACCAACAACUACACUCACAACUACACCUCCACCAACUGCAACUUCGGUCACAACUACAACCAGCCAACUCACCACAAACCACCACAACUACACCUCCACCUACUACAUCUACGACUAUGCUCACUCCUACUACCAGUCUACUCCACCAACUACAACCAGCCAAACCACAACAUCUCCACCAACUGCAACCAACCAACCCACAACAACAACUACACUUCCUGGAACCUCCAUCACAACCUCAGCGCUGGACGCAGGACCAUAUUAUGUUUUGGCUCUAAAUGCAAAGAUCUCCACCACACUGUCAAUGGAGACUGACUCUGGAACCAUCAUAAACCUGAUCAAAGAUGAGCUGAUAAGACAAGGACUGCCGUCAGACAUAAUUGUGGAGCUGCUCAGCAGUGGAGCAGUAAAAUUUACAACAGUCGCCCCCUAGUGGCUAAACAUGAGAAUGAACUUGAUCUUGAAACGUGACUUUAUAUCUCUCGUUUUUCUUUAAUCUCUCAUCUGCAUCAUGGAGUUAUAGUUAUUUGAAUCAAUUAAAAUGAAAGGUUUUUAUUUUUUUUGUUGAAUGUGAACAAAGACUGUGAAGCCAGAAUACUCUGAUAGAAAUUGUUCACCAAUUGAUGCAAGCAAUAAAAUGUCCCUUGGCCUAAUAAUAACAUCAAGUCUUUUAAAAUUUAAGGGACAGUUUGUGGAUAAAUAAAUGGUAUAAUGAAAGGACAUCCUUAAAGAUCUAUAACAUUUCACACUGUAACUGGAAAACAUGGUAUCUAGCAUCCAAAAUAAAUAAACAAAACAACAGAAACAACAAAUAAAAUGAUUUAUAAAGUCUCUAAACAAACUUAUCCUUCAAAAAAAGGGUUAGUUGAGACAAAAACACCAGACUGGAGACUUUUGUUAUGCAGUUUUUGGUAGAAAAA